GUCAGUGCCCACCUGUCCGAGUCCAUCACGCGGGUUGUGCUGCAGCGGGAGCUAUCCCGCUGCGAUGCCUUCCUGGCGUUUGGGACGAAGGACUAUGGUGAGGACACUGGCAACCCAGCUUCCACCUACAAGGAGCUUGAGUGGUGGGAGCUCUGA